CCUGAAAAUGCGAAAGAAGAAGAAGAAGAAGCGCUUCGCGGAUUGGUGGAAAGUUUGGCGGACUUUAUCCCCGCGACGAGCUGGUUUGGUUCGUGACAGUUCAUGUCAGGCUCCUGAAGGCAGCGGCGGGACUUUCCUCUGGCUGAUUUCCACAUCGUGCGAGCAGAAGACCAACAACACGACCAUGUCUUUCACAAAUGGCCAAUGUGUGAGCAAAGAAACAUGGGACUCCCACAACAAGAUGAUGCUGGAGCCUCUGGCCAUCAGCGACUCAGAGGUGUUCUCCAUCAUUAAGAAGGAGAAGCACCGGCAGAUGUACGGUCUGGAGCUGAUCGCAUCAGAGAACUUUGCCAGCAGAGCCGUUCUCGAGGCUCUGGGUUCCUGCAUGAACAACAAGUACUCUGAGGGCUAUCCAGGCCAGAGGUACUACGGUGGUACAGAGCAUGUCGAUGAGCUGGAGAGACUCUGCCAGAAGCGGGCGCUGGAAGCCUACGGCCUGGACUCAGACAAAUGGGGCGUCAACGUGCAGCCGUACUCAGGCUCGCCCGCUAACUUUGCUGUCUACACGGCCGUCGUGGAGCCCCACGGGAGGAUCAUGGGACUGGACCUGCCUGAUGGAGGUCACCUGACACACGGCUUCAUGACUGACAAGAAGAAGAUCUCAGCAACGUCCAUCUUCUUUGAGUCCAUGCCGUAUAAGGUGAAUCCAGAAACCGGCUACAUUGACUAUGACAGACUCCAAGAGAACGCACGGCUGUUCCACCCCAGACUCAUCAUCGCAGGAACGAGCUGCUAUUCCCGCAACUUGGACUACGCCCGCUUGAAGAUGAUCGCUAACGAGAACGGUGCAUACCUGAUGGGGGACAUGGCUCACAUCAGCGGACUGGUGACUGCUGGGUUGGUGCCGUCGCCCUUUGAGCACUGCGACAUCGUUACCACGACAACGCACAAGACGCUGCGUGGCUGCCGUGCCGGACUCAUCUUCUACAGGAAAGGUGUGCGGAGUGUGGACGCCAAAGGAAAGGAGAUCAUGUACAACCUGGAGUCCCUGAUCAACCAGGCGGUGUUCCCGGGGCUGCAGGGAGGACCACACAACCACGCUAUUGCAGGCGUCGCCGUGGCUCUCAAACAAGCCAUGACACCAGAAUUCAAGGCCUACCAGCAGCAGGUUCUGGCUAACUGCAAAGUUCUGUCCAGCGCCCUCAUUGACCACGGCUACAAGAUCGUAACUGGUGGUUCUGACAACCAUCUGAUCCUGCUGGACCUGCGCAGCAAAGGAACCGACGGAGGCCGAGCUGAGAAGGUCCUGGAAGCUUGUGCCAUUGCUUGUAAUAAGAACACCUGUCCAGGAGAUAAGAGUGCUUUGCGCCCGAGCGGUCUGAGGUUUGGCUCCCCGGCUCUGACCUCCAGAGGUUUGGUGCAGGAUGACUUCAGGAAGGUGGCUGAGUUCAUUCAUAAAGGUAUUGAACUGACCCUGGAGGUGCAGAGGAGCAUGGAUCCCAAGGCCACUCUGAGAGAGUUCAUUCAGACUCUGGCUCAGGGAGAGAAGUUCCAGCAGCGCGUCGCUGAGAUCAGGGCUGAGGUGGAAGCUUUCGCUGGUCAGUUCCCCAUGCCGGGCCUGCCCGAGCUGUAGAGGGCAGCAGCUCAGACGCCGGGUCGACGGUGACAUGGACGAUGUUCUGACAGCUUUGAGGCGUGUUGUGUGGAGCACACGUUUGUCUUAAUGGAAGGAAAUUUGUGUAACUCGCUGAUUUCAUUGUUACAGAAUCUUUGCUGUUUUAGAUUUCGUUUCCUCUCUUUUAAUUUCACUCUCAGAUGCUGCAAUCAAAUAUAAGCUUUUCUCAGUUUUUUGAGUUUAAAAUCCCAAAGUUUCCCAACGAACUACUGAAGACUGAAGCACGAGAAAUGACACGAGCACUCUGCAUGUAGACGGUGUACAUGUACAGUAUAUUAAGUAUGAUUUGUUGAAUACAACUGCUGUUUUUGCAUUCAGAUAAAGUGAUAAUGAAUUAAACUUCAUGUACUGUGU